AUGGGCAAGGGUUUCCACCACGCAGCCACGCUGCGCAAUAGAGCUUCGCCUCAUCCUGGCCGACAGGGUCGUUUUGUCGCAAGUCUCCUGUCGGGGAGGGACUCGCGACCAGGAAGUUCGCAGCAAACAUACGAGAUCCAAACCAAGGAUCCUGCAAUGAUGCGCAUUACCAUUGCAAAUUCCGGCACGGUGCGCAAUCUUGUCAACCCAGCAGAGUGGCACACUUCUAUGGUGCUGGUGAACUGGUGA